CCGGCAGAGUCUAUAAAACGUAAAUGUCCGGUACAAAGUCGGCAGGUUUGGUAAAGGUUAAGAAUUUGAAACCUGGACUGCGUAAUAUUUCGAUUUCUGGCGUUAUAGUAGAGUUUAUAGACGAUCCUCCUCAGAGCGCUACUGAAAUCCGUAACUUUCGUUACCAUUACCGAUUUGCGGACUCUGGUGCAUCUGUAGAAUUGGCCGUUCCUCAUGGAAUCCUACAGGAUAUAAUCUCAAAGGCCUCAAGUGUCAUAAACGUCGUCUCUGGGCAUAACAUUGAUCUGGUGGAUGAAUUCCUCUGUUCAAACGAUGAUGACGUGAAGGCGGAAGGUGAACCCGGGUGUUCCUUCAGGGAAGGCUCCGCUGUUGCUCCACGUUCCGACUCUGGAAUAAAGAGUUUGGGAGGAGAUUUUGAGGAAGACUCUGACUGGUGCUGUUGGAGCGAUGACGAGAAGGAAUCUUUGAAGUGGACCUUGCAGCCAGGGGAUGUGAUAUUUAUAAAGUCUGCAAUCACAACUUGGUCUCACGGUCACAUGGUACUCGUUCCUAAUGAAAAUAGUAUAGAAAAAGUUGGUGAAUUUUCAAUAGAUUUUUCACUUGAGCCAGAUAUGAGUAAACAAUUUAAAAAUUAAAUCUCUUG